AUGGGCGCAAGCGGCUGGUGGCUGUGUUUGUGCACUUUGGGAAUUCUUGCAGCUCCAUGUGAAGCCACCAAAAAUUGCCUGGAUGGGACGUCAAUCAGCGUGAUUCUGCUGGAGGAUGGAAAGUCUCCCUGGAGCAUGAAGUUUGUGAAAGGAGAAAUACUGAAGGCCAUAGAUAUGGAGCCAUCCGUCAACAGUGCAGGAGAUGCAAACUUUACUCUCACGGCCAACUUUGGCGGGUUCAACGCAUCCUGGUUCAGAGGUGAAGGCUGCGCCAUCACUCAGUGUGGGGGAGUGGAGGAGCUAAAGAAGUUCCAUGAACAAGGUGAGCUGGGAUGUGCCGUGCUUGGGCCCACCUGCACCCAUGCUACUUUCAGCAUAGUUGAUGCUGAAAAAGGCAUGAAGCUCAAGACUCCCAUCCUCUCGGCCGGCAGCUUUUCUCCCUCCUGUGACGACAAACCCAACUUGCAGCGUCUCCUGCCGCCGGCAAAGAAGAUCUCUAGCUUUUUAAUCCACUUCUGGGAAUACAAAGACACAAUCAAACCUGAGUGGACGACAGCCUACAUUUACAAAAAGGCGAACGAUGGAGAGGAUUGCUUUUGGUAUGUAGAGGCACAGAGUACAAGCGUGAGCGAGGUUGGCCAUUCUAUUGGGAGGACAGUGCUGCGCAGACCUGCAGAGAUGGAGGAUGUGCUGAAUUCACCCGAGAACAGGGACAGCAAUCUGUUCUUCUUGUGUGGAUCGCCGAAGGAUAUAGUGGAGUUGAAAAACAUCUCUGAGAGAGCAGAGGACAGUGAUAUUCUCUUCAUCCUUGUUGAUCUUUUCAAUGACAUAUACUACACCAACACAACAUCAAUGCCAGAAAUGAGGAAUGUGCUGGUGCUGACUAUGCCCGACAUCAGAAAUUACAAGAUUAACACAAACCUUGAGGUGAACAACACGAUGAACGACUACAUGGCUGCGUAUCACGAUGCAGUGCUGCUGAUAGGCAACGUGAUCAGACAAAUUAGGGAAAAAAAUCAGUCAGAGAUCGUACAGAUGGAGUAUGUGAACCCCAAUUACUUCCGAAACAUCCAAUUUAAUGGAACUGCUGGAACUUACAAGCUGGACAAGAAAGGGGACAGAGACGUGACCCUAUCCGUCAUUUACACCAACAGUAACAACCAGUACAAGAUCUUAUUCAAAUUCAACACGGAGACCAACGAAACUAUAGUGGUGGACUCGAAUCCGUCCUUCAUCUGGGGAAAAAGACUUCCUAAUUCCAAUCGAGAUGCAGGUACGGCAGUUGAUGGUAUUGUUGUCAUUGUGUUGGGCGUCACAGUGGCUGUAGUGGCCACUAUCGCCUUUAUUUUCUACAGACAGAACAGGAGGGAUCGGCGGCUCAGGAAGGGCUGGUCCCACAUCAACCCUGAGCUCAUCACGCCGCUGCAGAACAACAAACUCAACGUCAUCUCCCUCAAAAUUGAAAAAGAGAUGAAAAACAAGAAUUACAAGAUCCGCCGUGCGUUGUACGACAAGAAGAUUGUGAUUCUGAAGGAGCUGAAGAACUCAGAUGGGAACUUCGAUGAAGCCCAGAAGAUAGAACUCAAUGCACUGCUGCACAUUGACUAUUACAACCUCACAAAGUUUUAUGGCACAGUGAAGUUUGAUCAGGGAGUGUUCGGAGUGUUUGAGUACGGAGAGCGUGGGUCGCUCAGGUAUGUGCUGAAUGAUAAGGUUUCAUACCCAGAGGAGGCCUUCAUGGACUGGGAGUUCAAGAUCUCCGUCAUGUACGACAUCGCCAAGGGCAUGUCCUACCUGCAUGCCAGCGACGUCCAGGUGCACGGUCGCCUCAAGUCCACCAACUGUGUGGUGGACAAUCGCAUGCUGGUGAAGAUCACAGACUUUGGCUGCAACGCCUUCCUCAGCCCCGGUCAAGACUUGUGGACAGCUCCGGAGCACCUGAGGAAAGAGGGCACCUCUCAGAAAGGAGACGUCUACAGCUUCUCCAUCAUCGCUCAGGAGAUAGCUCUCAGAAAGAGCACCUUCUUCACCGAGUCCUGCUCCGACCGAUCAGAAAAGCUGUCCAGGGUCAUCGCCUCCUACUUCAGACCUGAUCUUAACUUUGAGACGGCUUCAGAGAACGAAUCUGAGGUGUACAUGCUGAUAAAAAGCUGCUGGGAUGAGGACCCAGAAAAAAGACCUGACUUUAAGAAGGUAGAGAACUGCCUGGGGAAAAUCAUCAGUAAAAUCCACAACCAGGACAAUGAGAGCUACAUGGACAACAUGAUCCGACGGCUGCAGAUGUACUCCAGGAACCUGGAGCACCUGGUGGAGGAGAGAACAGCGCUGUACAAGGCCGAGAGGGAUCGAGCUGACUGCCUCAACUUCAUGCUGCUCCCUGGUCCGGUGGUGAAAAGCUUGAAGGAGACCGGCGUGGUGGAGCCAGAGCUGUACGACGAGGUGACCAUAUAUUUCAGCGACAUAGUCGGCUUCACCACUCUGUGCCAGUACAGCACACCGAUGGAGGUGGUGGACAUGCUCAACGACAUCUACAAGGGCUUUGACAGCAUCGUCGACAACCACGAUGUGUACAAGGUGGAGACCAUCGGUGAUGCCUACAUGGUUGCCUCCGGGCUUCCGAGGAGAAAUGGGAACAGGCAUGCGGUGGAUAUCUGCCGCAUGGCGCUGGACAUCUUGGCCUUCAUGGGCACCUUCCAGCUCCGACACCUGCCUGGUAUCCCUGUGUGGAUACGUAUCGGCGUCCACUCAGGUCCCUGUGCAGCAGGUGUUGUUGGUAUAAAGAUGCCCAGAUAUUGUCUAUUUGGAGACACGGUCAACACAGCGUCUCGUAUGGAGUCUACGGGACACCCCCUGCGGAUCCACGUCAGUCAGCCGACUAUAAAUAUCCUGCAGAGGACAGUUUGCAAGUUUGAGUAUGAGAUCAGAGGAGAAACAUAUCUGAAGGGUAAAGGCACCGAGAUGACCUACUGGCUGACAGGAGAAACUGGUGAAGACUACGACCUACCGACUCCACCCACAACAGAGAACUUCCAGCGGCUGCAGCAGGACCUCGCCCACAUGAUCCUGGAGUGUCUGGAGCGCCGCUCUCGAGGAUCUAUCCGGAGGAAGAAGACUCUCUCAAGUCAGAGCACGGAGGACGACAAGGACCAGGAAUCAGAGGUGGAGUCUGAGAGCAGCCAGCUGGAGUAUCUGCACAUGGCCACUGUGGAAAACACCCUCAGCACUUUCCUAUAG